AUGUUCGCCUACCUGUCUACCCUCUUCGAUUUCUAUUCACGGAACUUCUUGCCUACACCAUCGCCGCCGAUGGCCCCGGCAACCAAGACCUCAUCCUAUGAUGUCGUCCAUGCCGGCGAACACCUGUUCAAGGUUGUCGGGCACUCCCUGUUCAAAGACAGCGAUGACAGCCUCACGUCCGAGCCCUUCAGCGUCGGCGGUUAUGAAUGGGCUCUCGUCUACUUCCCCAACGGCGACACAAGAAUAGCCGACGGGCAGUUCAUAUCUAUUUUCCUCAAGCUGCUUAGCGCCAGCAAGGAUGGGGUCACGGCGUCCUACGGCUUCAGCCUCCAGGACCCUGCGUCACCCACGACUGGGGAGAAGUACAAAUGCAAGAGUAAUACAUCCAUGAAGUUCUCGUCCAGCAAUUCUGGUUUUGGUGGAUCCAAGUUUGUCAGUAAAUCCGAUUUGGCUGCGUCAGGGUGCCUCAACGAUGACUGUCUUGUAAUCAAGGGCACCAUGGAGAUUGUUACCACCAAACUCAUCCAAGGUCGUGAGCACGAUGAUGAUGACAACUGCGUUGUUGUGCCACCGUCCGAUGUAAGCGAACAUCUCCAAGACCUUCUUGGUAGCAAUCUCAAGGCAGAUAUGACCGUGAAGAUCGGUUGGCUCAAGAGAUUCCAGGUGCAUGGGUGUGUGCUCGCUGCACAUUCCCCGGUCUUCAGCACCCUGGUAGAGACCAAACAAAAAAGCAUCCGCAUCGAGGAUAUCGAUGCGAAAGUUUUCGAGAUCCUGUUGCACUACCUAUACAACGAUUCUCUACCCGAUUUUAUGAAGGAGACUACGGAAUAUGCUAUAAACAUGACGCAACAUCUACUCAUCGUGGCCAACCGAUAUGCAAUUGAAAGGCUAAACCUCAUGUGUCAGAGCAAACUCAGCAAGGUGAUAGAUGUCAACACAAUGGGAGCCACUCUAGCUUUUGCAGAGGAGCAUAGUUGCCAACAGCUCAAGGCUUGUUGUCUCGAGUAUAUGGUAAGAGAUGGUGAUAGGUUACAAGCCAUUAUGAGAACCGAGGGGUUUAGACAGCUUAAGCAAAAUCACCCACAUGUCGUGUCCAAUAUUCUGGAUAAAGUUAUUGACAAGUUGUAA